UCUGUCUCAGGAACCAGGACUGGCUGCACUCAUCAGACCAGCUCUCAGCACACACACUUUUCACAGCUUUCCCUCUACUUUUGAUUCAGAGAAAACUAUUUAUAAACGCACUGAACACGCGUUUUUCAUCGGCUCAAGGAUUAUUCAGGAGUAAACGGAGAGUUUUGUCCGCUUUUGCGCGGCUGUGAGGGCGCACCGGAGGCCUUUAUUUCAACCAGAAGCGCAGCACACUGACACCGAUGAAAACAGCAAGCUGAUUGGAUCCUCCGAGGGGCUGAGUGUCAGUGAUGGGUCGGAAGCUGGAUCUGUCGGGACUAACGGACAGCGAGGCGGAACAUGUGCUGCAGGUGGUGCAGAGAGACAUGAGGCUCCGCAAGAAGGAGGAGGAGAGACUCAGUGAACUGAAGCAGGAGCUGGAUGAGGAGGGCAGUCGCUGCCUCCUGCUGUCACGGCAGAGUUGCUUCAACCAGCGCUGCUGCAUCCGCUGCUGCUCGCCAUUCACCUUCCUGCUCAACCCCAAACGCCAGUGCAGGGACUGCCACUACAACGUCUGCAAGGCCUGCCGGGUUUACAACAAGCAGGACAAAGCCUGGCUCUGCUCCGCCUGCCAGAAGAGCAGGUUGUUGAAGACACAGUCGUUGGAGUGGUUCUACACCAAUGUGAAGAAACGCUUCAAGAGGUUUGGCAGCGCCAAAGUGCUGAAGACUCUCUACAGGAAGCACCUGGCAGAGCACAGUGCGCUUUCAGAGCUUACUGAGGGCAGCGCCUACGAGGAGAGCAUCUGCAAUGAGGGCAGCAUCUGUGGGAGCGACUCGACUUUCUACAGACAAACUGAAGAGCACAGCAUGGCAGAGACGCUCACUGUGGCCAUGCGGGUGGCAGAGGAGGCCAUAGAUGAGGCCAUUUCCAAGGCUGAGUUCGACACUUCGAGUCAGGAGAAGCAGAAUGAGGCACACUAUCUGCGGGAGCACAGAGGAGACCUCAUUGAGGAACUGGCCAAAAUUAUCAUGCAAAAAAUUAUUAGCAGGAGGAAGACUCUGGCUGAGAUGAGAGCAGAAUAUGACCAGGACUUGCCCCUGGAACGCAACACUGACCUUCAUCGCCAUCAUCAGCCUGCCUGCGAUCAGACCUCCAGCUCCCUGAAACACCGGCCGAGCCUCUGGAGGUCUCACUCCGCCUUCUCACUGCUGGACAACGACCCUCCCAAUCUGGUACAAGACUCCUCACAGGCGCUGAAGAAGGAAGGUGGAGGGUCGACGAUGACCACUUGGAAGAGUGUAGACCGGCUGGACAACGCUGGUGUGUCCUCAGUGCUGAAGAGCGUAGAUGGGAACUGGAUCGUCCUGCAGAGCGCCCAGCUGUCUCGUCCCAGCCUGCUCACCAAAAGGAAGAGUCAGGUCUACAGUGCCUUGGAGAGGGAGUCUGGAGUGGUGUCCGCCUACGAAGGUCUGGGCUCUGACAACGAAACCAAGCCAGAGCCUGACAGCUCCUGGGGUGCCGUCCUCCAGGAGAUCCACAGGAAGAUGACAGACUCUAACUUCAACCUACACGACAGCGGUGACAGAAGCCCGUCGUUGCCGAUGGACCGCCGAGGCAGCAGAAACGACGUGCUUUCAGACUCUGAGGUGAACUGGAAGCCCAGUAAACCUCUGCUGGCUCUUUUAAAGCGGAAGGUGCCUGCGGAGAUCAGGAGACCUUCAUCAUCCCGGAGAACGAGCAUCAUUGAUGUCAACUUCAAUGUGGAAGUAGCGGGAGGAGCAGAGGAGGAGGAGGAUGAGGGGAUUAAGGUGGUUGCAGAACCAGAGACCGGAAAAGUGAGAAGGAAGAAGAGGAGGACCAGAAAAGAGCCAGCAGCUGCUUCUAGUGUGUCGGAUUUAAACAAAAAUGACAACCACACUCUCCGCUCUGAUGAUGCUGGGACCCCUGACACUCUGACCUCUGGAUCCACGACCCCUGAAUUUUCAGACCACGAAGGUGACCUCACUGCAAAUCAGAUGGAUGAGGAGCUCGUGUUAAAUCUCCAACAGCCUGCAGGCCGAGUUUCUGACUCCUCCACUAGAGAAGAAGAGCUCGAUGAAGUGGGAGAUGCUGGUAGUGAUGGAGAGAUGGAGCAAAGCAAGGACAGACAUGAAGAAGACGAGAGCUUGUGGAAGAUGGAGGUUGAGUUGGAAAGAGGAAGAAUGGAAGAUGAGGAAGAGAAUGAAACAGAUGAUGAAGAGGUGAAAUACAGAUUGUACAGGCUUGUUGCACAGUCCAGACUCGCAUACUUCUCUUCUACUGAUGAUGAGCUGGACAAGGCGGGCCAGAGUGAAGGAGAAUGGGACAAAGAUGAAGAUAUGGAGGAGGAAGAUGAAAAGGCUGAAAGACUCGCUUAUAAACUCUGUAAGUUGGAAAAAGAAGUCAGAGCCGCACAGUUUUCGUCCACAGAAGACGAGCUGGACAGAACUGGCAUCGAAGAGAGGAAAAAUGGAGAGGAAGAGGAGGAUGGGAGGAAUGAGGAGCUGGCGGUGAAAGUGUGCAGAUUAGCUAAUCAAGUCAACGCUACCCAGUUUUCAUCCACAGAGGAUGAAUUAGACAGAGCAGGCAGAGGCGAAGACGAGAUAGAUGAAGUGACGCUGUGGAAACUGCAGGCAGAAAAAACUGUUCAGGGAGCUCAGCUGCGCGAUUUAGCGAGUUUAGUCAGCGCCUCUCAGUUUUCCUCCACUGAGGAUGAGCUCGAUAGAGUUGGAGAGGAUGAGGAAGAGAUAGAGCAGGAGGUGGAUGACAGAGGGACGGAGAGCAGAAGUGAGGGAGGAUUGGAGAGGAGAGAAUCCUUUGGAGAUAUAGAUGUGAACAUGUUUGAUUUGUGGGAUGAAAUUGAGGAGAGAAAAAAAGAGGGCAGCGAUGAAGAAGUAGCUAGAGAGAAUGUUUUGGACAGUGAAACAAAGGCUGAGGAUGUUGAACAUGAUGACUCUGAGGAAAAUAAACACUGCAAGGAGGUGAGUGUAACAGAGGAUGAAAAAAUAGCAAGGGGGCACUCAAAUGACAGAAAAGUUUUUCAAAGAGACGAGGCUGGGAAAGAAAAAGCGAAAGGAGAAGAAACUGAGUUAAAAACAGAAGUGGAAGUGGAGAAAAUGAAGAGGAUGAUAGAUUUACACGAGGCAAAAAUUCAGCAAGAGAAUCAGCCAGAGGCAAAGAGGACAGAUGAAGAGAAAGGAGAUGAAAAGCUUGAGAAAGACAGCAAAGAGAGUGUGGGGAGAAGGGAAACCACAGCAGACAGCGAUGAAGAAGACGCAGAAUUUAGCAGAAUCAUCAGCAGCAUGCUGAUGAUGACUUUGGAGGACAUGCAGGAAGAAAGUAUAAAAGAUAAAGCUGGAGAAAACAGAGGGAGACACAGAGAGCUACAGGAUGAGAUGGAUAAGAUGGGAAGAGAGAGUGGAUGCAGAGAAAAGGCUUCAGAGGAGACAGAAGGUGUCUCAAAGGGACAUCAGAGUUUCAGUGAGAAGUCAGAGUCAGGGGAGUAUGUAAGUGAGGAAACUGAAAGACAUAUCUCAGGAAAACAGAGCGCAGACGUUACAGGCAGAACUGAAAAUGUGCAGGAAGACAGACAAAUUAGUUUGUUGAAAGAAAAACCGACAGUGGUGACAAUCAAAGACACGUUUGAGACAAAUGAGGCUGAGUUGACAAGUAGAAGAACUGAAGUAGAUGAUGAAGACAAACAGGAUGGAGGAGCAAAAAUGGCAGCAGAGUGGCAGUUAAUGGAGACACAGCGAGACACCAGAGACUGUGAGAAGAAAGAUCUAGAUGGAAGAGUUGAGGAAACCAAAGACGACGCGGAGCUGAGCAGCACUUCCUGUCUUCCGAGGGGUUUGCUGACGCCAGAGGAGAUUCAGAACGGUAGUGACACAGAGCUUUACAAGACUAUAGAGAUUAUAUCAACUCUGCUGGAGCAGAGAUACUCGGCAGUGUCUCUGCGCAGCAUCACCACUGAGGUGUUGAAGGUGCUGAACGCCACCGAGGAGCUGCUGCAGGGAGUGGAAGGAGGAGACAACGGCCGACUGUCCACCAGCUCACUGCCCCCCGACACCGACCCCGGCAAACUGGACCAACAGUUCUCCAGACUGGAGGAAAACGUGUACGUGGCGGCUGGUUCAGUGUACAGUCUGGAGGCGGAGCUCAGCGACCUGGAGGAAUGUGCCAGGGGAAUCUGCAGCUCCACGUCCGAUAUGGAGCUGUCUUUCCUGGAGGAGCAGGUGGCAGCAGCAGCUGCCAAAGUUCAACAGUCUGAGCUGCAGAUAUCUGACAUCUCAGCAAGAAUAGCUGCUUUGAGGAGUGCAGGCCUCAAUGUGGACGCACAGUCACGCUUCACUAAGACGAAAACUCUUCCAGUUAUGCCUGUUACCCUGGACUCCUCUAGACAGCUAAGGCGGCGGCUACCUGCACCACCAGUGAAAGACAAGGAAACCUGAAUAACUGAACCAGGACUUUCUGCAGUACCUCCCAGCACAGCAGUGCCUUGACCCCUGUCGCUCUGCAGCCUGCAGACCAGUCUUACACUAUCCCUUCACACACCUUUGCCUUAAUAUAGUUUUCAACUAAACAUGCCUUCAAAUAAUAGGGGACACUAGCACUGUAUGUGUAUUUUAAGUUGUAUGCCACAGAUAAUGCAGGAAAUUGUUGUUUCUUGUAUUGUCCUGUCAGAAAAAAUGUUGUAGUUUAAAGUGGUGAAGUAAGUACAUUACACACCAGUGUACAAAAAAAUCCAAUGUUUUAAUUAGAAUACAUUUUAUAAACUUCACUUUAACACUGCUGUUCAUUGUAAAGGCAUAUUUUGGUUCCUUUGUAGUGGGGUUGUAUGAGGUACUUACCCAGACAGUCAGUGUGUUACCUACGGUACAGUUAGGCACCACCUCUUUUUGAAGCAGCAAAGAAAUGCUCUGAAUGGGAUCAGCAGCAAAGCAUAUUUUUACCACAGCCCUUUCCUUUGGCACUACAUUUUAUUAACCCUAGAACUUCUGUAUUCCUACGCUUAAGCACACCAGUGCAAUGCAUUGUAUUACACUGCUGAAACUGUGAGUGACACAGCUGAAGGAUACAAGGUGCAGCAUUGAUUUACUUACACGUAGAAAUAUGGAAGUUCUAAUAAAAUGCAAACUGUGAAAAUAUUCUAGACAUAGUGUACACUUGAAGAGAUACACACUACUGGUCAAAAGUUUUACAACGCCCCAAUUUUUCCAUUUUUUUUGUUGGAAUUGAAGUAGUUCAAGUCCAACGAAUAGUUUGAAAUGGUACAAUUGGGGGGGGCAAUAUUCGAAUCUCAAAAAUAAUAUUUGGAUACCACUGUAACAACCGACUAUUCGGAUAUUCAGGUCCAACCCUAGUUGUAGCUUCCUUCGAUUCUCUCUCAAGCACUCUGUCCCUGUCCAACACUAUGUCCUCAGAGGAGUGUCCCCUCUCAUUUAGAUGCAGGUGCACUGCUGAGUCUUUUCCUGAGGAGCUGCCUUUCCUGUGUUGUGCUAUGUGCUUUCAGAGCUAUUGUUUAGUCUCCCGCUUUACAUCGGCCUGUGCUCAUUGCAUUGAACUGCAUAUAGAACAUUGCUCAGCCUAUGUUUGGGUGUUUUACCCUUGGGGCGAGCCAGUUUGUGUCUGAGAGUAAAUCCUGUGUUUGGAGUGCACCAAGAUGUAAGAGAAAAUCCUGAGGAAUGAAAAUGUUGUUGUGCCUUUUCCAUUUGAUGUUUUUUUCUGAAUCUCUCAGCUGAUUUAAUGAAGACCCAGUUGGGAUAACCACAGGUUGGCUGCUUCUUAUUUCCCUCUGUCUUGAUAGGGCCAUUCUCAGCCCAGUGCUGUAAGGUUCUGAUAACACCCAGCUCAUGUUCCAGUCAAAUAGCAGCUUUCCGUCUUUAUGUGUAGGUUCUGGGUCCUCAUUGAGUUAGCUAAGAAACCUGAAAAAACACCAAAUAGAGAAGAAAAGAGCAAGCAACAACAUCGUCAGCCUGUAUAUAACUGGUGUGUCGGAGAAACUUGAAAGGAUUUUUUUCAAAACAUCAUCCCAGUGCAAUGGUUUUAACUUGCGGAUAGAACACCUAAACAUGAGCUGAGCAACACCAUAUAUGCAGUCCAAUGCAGCGAGUAGUCCACAGGCCUACAUAAAGGGAGAGACUAAACAACAGGUCUAACAGCACAUAUGGCACAACACAGGAGAGCAACGUCCUCAGAACAAGACUCAGCAGUCUACCUUCAUCUAAAGGAUAAGGGACACUCCUUCAAGCACAGCAACGUUCGCAUUCUAGACAGAGACAGAUGGUUUCAGAGAGGAGUGAAGGAAGAAAUCUAUGUUAAACUAGAAUAACCUUCUUUAAACUGGGGAGGUGACCUGUGGCACCACCUCUGAGCCCCAUACAGGGUGUCUCUAAAGUAAAACAGAAUUUUGUUGAAAGACAAAAGAGUUGAACUGGUACGUCUCUGUAGACGUGAAGAAUGGACAUAUUGAAAGAUAGGGUUAGGGUUAGGAAAGUGAUUUUUUGGGGCUGGCAUGAAUUUUAGUCAUGGCCAAUUCUUUAGUUUCGGCUGAUAUAUUUGGUCAUCCAGAACGGGGUUUGUCCAUGACACUGCCUGUUUCUUUAAACUUUUUAACCACCUUCGCCUCCGUGGAAAAGCCUCCUUGGAUGACGUGCAUUAAAUUCAUGUGUUAUCUUUCGAUGUCAAUCAAUAUUUAUUUAUUUUUGCCACUGUCCAAUAUGGGGAGCUGCUAUUGGCUCCCACAGAUUGUUAGAGAUACAAAAGGUAGACCCUCCUCCUGGUUAACACAUAGAUAAUUAUAAUCCAAUACAAUGUACACUACCAGUCAAAUGUUUGGACACUCCUUCUAAUUCAAUGUUUUUUAUUUAUAUGUACUAUUUUCUACAUUGUAGAUUAAUACUGAAGAUUAACACUUUAUUGUUUACAACAUAAUUCCAUAUGUAUUUAUAUAUAGUUUUGAUGUCUUCAGUAUUAAUCAACAAUGUAUAAAAUAAUUAAAUACAAACCAUUACAUGAGAAGAUGUGUCCAAACUUUUGACUGGUAAUGUACAUUACUCUGAAAUGAACCAUUUUGCACAAUGAAUACUUCUACUUUUUAAUCGAAUACUUUUACUCCUAACACCGUAAUUCUAUCCAGUGCUAUUGUGACUUUUACUUAAGUACAAAAUCUGAGUACUUCCACUACUGACUGAGAGUAAGAGACUGCUGAGGCGUUGAGAUGACUGUUGAAAUGGACCAAUCAGAGAAGUGGGGUCAUCAGCCGCUGUCCUUGUCUCUAAAGUCUCAGAAGUCUACUAGAUAUGUGAGUGAGCAUGGAACAGUUGGAGGCGUAUAAUCAGUUGAGUUCAUGCUUGUCACAGCCCCAUGUUUGCAGGACCACAUAUGUGCACGCGGAGCUAAAAUGCUCAGAUGCAUGGAUGGUUUUCUGCUCGUGGAUACUGUGCCUGGUUUUCACGUGUUCAGGUUUAGAGCGUAAUUAAAUGGCAUAAAGUUGGGGGCAGUAAUCAAUACCUGCAACCCCAACCAGUCAGUGAGAGUGAGGAAGUUUCUUGGAUAAGAGGUGUAAUGUCUUCACCAAGUCCAGCUAACUUUUUCUGAAGCACUAACAAUAUACAUAAACAUGAUCAUGGGCAAGUACCUCAUACAACUGCACUUUAAAGACACUGAACUAUCCUUUUAAGUCGUAAAAAAAAUAAAAUAAAAUGAAACAAAUAGUGUACAAUAAGUAAAAAGACAGAAACUAUUAGCAGUAGAUGCAGUUACUGGAUGAAACCUGCAAUUUACAUUGUUUAUACCAGAUAUCCAAUAUACACAUGACACAUACAUGGGAACAAUUACAGCAUGAUAGAAAAAUGUUGUGAUACUAUAUCAUGUAUAAAAUUAAUAUAAAAGAAAAGUAAUUAUGGAUAAUGUUUAACUGUAUUUUUCCAUGGUUGUGUAUGUUGUAGCGUACAUAUUUGUACAGCAAAGCAAUCAGUAAAUGUCUUCUGCCUGUAUUAUAAUUUCACAGAAAAUAAAGAAAAAUCUACAUUACAAACAC